CCCGGCCCUCGGGCUCCUGCUGCUCUGCCUCGGCCCCGCAGGCACCUUCGGCCGCUGCGAGUCGGGAUCCCGCCUGGCGCCGCUGACGGCCGGGGUGGAUCCCUGCAAGGAUCCCGCGGGAUUCCUCAGCCCCCAGCUGGGGGGGUCCUAUGGAGGCGAUUCGGGAUCCUAUGGAGGCGAUUCAGGAUCCUACGGAGGCGAUUCGGGAUCUUAUGGAGGCGGAUCAAGCUCCUAUGGAGGCGAUUCAGCAUCCUAUGGAGGCGAUUCGGGCUCCCAUGGAGGAGGAUCCGGAGUAUCCCAAGGAGGCGGCAGCUCUUCAGGAUCCUACGGGAACAAGCCAGGAUCCCAUGGGAACAGACCGGGAUCCUACGGACUUGGGCCUUCUGGGAGUGGGUCAGGAUCAGGGAGACCCGGCUCCUAUGGGGGACCUAGUGUGGGAUCCUAUGGGAUUGGGUCUGGAUCGGGCAGACCUGGAUCCCAGGGGGGAAUUGGAUCUGGAUCAGGCAGACCUGGAUCCCAAGGGGGCAGUGGAUCCGGAUCGGGAAGACCUGGAUCCCAUGGAGGCAGUGGAUCUGGAUCAGGCAGACCUGGGUCCCAAGGGGGCAGUGGAUCCGGAUCGGGAAGACCUGGAUCCCAGGGAGGCAGUGGAUCGGGAUCGGGAAGACCUGGAUCCCAAGGGGGGAGUGGGUCCGGAUCAGGAAGACCUGGAUCCCAUGGAGGCAGUGGAUCGGGAUCGGGAAGACCUGGAUCCCAAGGGGGGAGUGGGUCCGGAUCAGGAAGACCUGGAUCCCAUGGAGGCAGUGGAUCGGGAUCGGGAAGACCUGGAUCCCAUGGAGGCGGUGGAUCCGGAGGGGGCAGACCCGGAUCAUCUCAAGGAGGACAUGGCUCAGGAUCAGGGAGACCCGGAUCCCAAGGAGGCAGCGGAUCGGGAUCCUAUGGAGGCGGAUCGGGAUCCUAUGGGGGUGGAUCGGGAUCCUAUGGGGGCGGGUCGGGAUCCUAUGGGGGUGGAUCGGGAUCCUAUGGGGGUGGAUCGGGAUCCUAUGGAGGCGGAUCGGGAUCCUAUGGGGGGGGAUCGAGCUCCUAUGGGGACAGCUCGGGAUCCUAUGGGCUCCCUGAGUCCUACGGGGAUGAUUCGGGAUCCUAUGGGGGUGGAUCAGGCUCCUAUGGGAGCGGAUCAGCAUCCCAAGGGAGUGGAUCAGGCUCCUAUGGCAGACCAGGAUCCUAUGGGGGCUCAUCAGGAUCCCAAGGGGGUGGAUCAGGAUCCCAAGGGGGUGGAUCGGGAUCCUAUGGGGGUGGAUCAGGCUCCUAUGGGAGCGGAUCAGGAUCCCAAGGGGGUGGAUCAGGCUCCUAUGGCAGACCAGGAUCCUAUGGGGGCUCAUCGGGAUCGCAAGGGGGUGGAUCAGGCUCCUAUGGAAGCGAUUCAGGCUCCUAUGGAGGUGAUUCAAUACCCUAUGGGGAUGGAUCCAGCUCCUAUGGAGGAUCGGGCUCCUAUGGGGGCGGAUCCGGACCCGGCUCCUAUGGGGGGGGAUCCAGUUCCUAUGGGGGGGGAUCCGGCUCCUAUGGGGGGGGAUCCGGCUCCUAUGGGGGCAGCCGCCGUCCCGGCUACAAGAAUCCCGGGAUCCCGUUCAUCCCGGGGCUGCAGGAUCCCGCCCGCAUCGGGGGCCACAUCCCCAUCCGCAGGGGGCCUCCCGCGGGAUCCAAUCCUGGCUCCAGGGCGGGAUCCGGGUCGGGAUCUGGCUGCAGGGAUUGUGCUGAAUAGGGAGAGACAGAGCCCGUAUCCCUUGGGAUGGAUCCCAAUAAACGUGUUUAUGGCAGCACCGGCCUCAUCCCUGCCCCACACGUGGCCCCACACGUGUCAUGCGCCGCCGCCCGCAGCCUCCCGGUGCCCGUCACGGUCCCGGUCCCGGCCACGGCGCCGGUGCCCGUCAGCGCCCGCAACACGCGGCCCCCCCCCCACCGCCGCCAGCGCCGCGGCCACGGCCCCGGGCCCCGUCACCGGCCCCGGCCCCACCGCGGGCCCCACCGCGGGGCCCAUCACUGGUCCCAGCGGGAUGCGGGAGCGGGAUGAGGAGGAGCUGGUCCUGGAGCUGGUGCCGGAGCUGCGGGACCUGCUGGGCCCCCCCCCGCUGCCCAACCUGCCCCUGCCCGCGCCCCACACCCUGACCCACACCUUGACCCAUAACCCGCCCCAUAACCUGACCCGUAGCCUGCCCCCCCACAACGUGACCUCCCGGGGGGAGGCUUAA